AUGGCCACGAAGCUCUCAGCAAUCCCGACGCUGGCCUCGCUCUACGCGUCGUCCACCAUCGCCGCACCGUCGCCCUCCACGCUCGCCUCGUCCAUCUACCCCUUUGCCCACCUCCUCUCUCUGCACUGCGGCGACAUCACCUCCCUUUCCAUCGAUGCGAUCGUCAAUGCGGCCAACAACUCGCUCCUCGGAGGUGGAGGUGUCGAUGGCGCCAUCCAUCGCGCUGCCGGUCCCGAUUUGCUCAAGGAAUGCCGUACGCUCAACGGCUGCGAUACCGGCUCUGCAAAAACUACGAAGGGCUACAACCUCCCAGCGAAACAUGUGAUCCACACCGUUGGACCCGUGUAUAAAUCCAGCAAGCACGAGGAGAGCGAAAAGCUGCUAAGGAGCGCAUAUCGGAACAGUCUGGAAGAGGCAAAGCGGGUUGGCGCGAGAAGCGUCGCUUUCCCAAGCAUCUCAACGGGCGUCUACGGAUACCCGUUCGACAAAGCUGCCACCGCCGCACUGGACGAGAUCGGUUGCUGGCUGGAGAAUGGGAAUAGCAAGAAUGUUGAGAGGAUCAUUCUCUGUUGCUUUUCGCAGAAGGAUUAUGAUAAGUACACCGAGCUGGCUCCCACAGUCUUUCCGCCACAGGACGUGUUCGAGAAGUACGCUGAGGCGUGA